CUUCAAUUCACUAUAAAGACACAUCAAACGAUAAAAGGAGUUCGUGGACUUUGAACUAAUAGUGAGGUUUUUAAAAUUAGCUAAGUGACACCGUUGUAAUUUCAAUUCAUAGCUGGAUUGCUAUUGAAUCCUCGAUAAAAAAAUAAAUAAAAAUAGCAACGUAGCUAAUGUCAGUCAACGGUUUGAGACGUUCUUUGUUUAUGUUGUGCCAGACAGAACUGCAGUAUUUGGUUUCCUCUUUUUGAAGAUCGUUUUAUAUUUAUUUAUAAUUGUGCGUGAAUAUCGAUUACAAUAACGUUACAGGGGAGCUAACUAAUGUUAACGAUAGCUAGCUAGCAUAACUACAAGUCACGGACAAUUGUUGUCAACCUGCUGAGUUGUCCUCUAGAGUCUGAUCGAUAAGCGAGACAGCUGAGCUUUUUAGAUAGUGACGAGUGUGGAAAGAUUUCAGUCUAGUUGUUGUGUGAUCGUCAUUUGCGCAUCACUCAGUCAGUCAGCUCAUCUGCGACCUGUUGGUAGAGCUAGCUACAUGUCAGCCACCAACCUAUGUCUCAGUUGGCUUUGUGUGUAACUUAGCAAGUUGGUUGCGCAAUUCCUGUAUGCUAGCAACUUGUCAGCAAGGAUCACUUCAAAGUAUGCUAACAGUAAUCGCUCGUCGCUAAAUUUGUAGUGUCUUGGUCUCUGAGAAGGUACCAUUUGUCUCAUUGUCAAUAUAUUUCAGGGUGUUUUAUGUAAAGCCGUAUUAUUUAUGUUUAUGAAUUAAGUAUUUAUUGUGGUAUUAACUUCAUGUUGUAUAGAAACAAUAGGAGUGUUUAAGAAGAGAAGGAUUAGGCAGUCUAAUAUUAAAGAAAGGUCCAGUUCUGGCACAGGCAGAGAACCUUGUUGAAAAUCCUUCUCCCUACUUGCCAAUGCUGGAUCUGGAAGUUGUUCCGGAAAGAUCUUUAGGAAAUGAACAAUGGGAAUUCGCAUUAGGUAAGUGACUCCUGAAGAAACUAUUGGGUAUUUCUUCAACCUACCACACACCUCAACUAAUAUGCAUGUUUUCCCUGUCAGUCAUUUUUCAUGUUUGUUUGUCAUUUGUAAAUGAGAACUAAAGCAAUCUCUAAUAUCUUGUCCAUGUUCUUGUCACAGGGAUGCCAUUGGCCCAGGCCAUUUCCAUUUUACAGAAACACUGCCGCAUCAUCAAGAAUGUCCAGGUUCUUUACAGUGAACAAGUAAGAGAUGAGAUAACUGCUCUUGUGUGUGAUGUAGGGUGUGGGCUGGCAGAUUCAUGUGACGGUUUCUGAUUGACUGUCCAUUGAAAUUAUAUGUUAUGUUUCUGUGCUUCUAGAUGCCACUCAGUCAUGACCUCAUACUCAACUUGACUCAGGAUGGAAUUAAACUGCUGUUUGACGCCUGUAACCAGAGACUGAAGGUGAGGGAGACAUGCUCUGGUUGAUCAUGGCGCUACGUACAAUAAUGCUGUCUAUGUUGACUUAUCAAGUCUCUCAUUACUCUCAUGUUUAGGUGAUUGAAGUAUACGACUUGAGCAAAGUUAAAUUGAAAUACUGGUGAGUGAUCUCUAGUUCCUUGUGCUAAUACCAGUGUGACUGGAGAUGUGUCAUAGCAAAUGUAUACACUAUAUAUACAAAACUAUGUGGACACCACUUCAAAUUAGUGGAUUCGGCUAUUUCAGCCACACUCGUUGCUGACAGAUGUAUACAAUCGAGCACACAGCCAUGCAAUCUCCAUAGACAAACAUCGGCAGUAAAAUGGCCUUACUGAAAAGCUCAGUGACUUUCAACGUGGCACCGUCAUAGGAUGCCACCUUUCCAACAAGUCAUUUCUGCCCUGCUAGAGCUGCCCAGGUCAACUGUAUGUGCUGUUAUUGUGAAGUGGAAACAUCUAGGAGCAACAACGGCUCAGCCGCAAAGUGGUAGGCCACACAAGCUCACAGAACGGGACCGGCGAGUGCUGAAGCACGUAGUGUGUAAAAAUCAUCUCUCCUCGGUUGCAACACUCACUACCGAGUUCCAAACUGCCUCUGGAAGCAACGUCAGCACAAUAACUGUUAGUCGGGAGCUUCAUGAAAUGGGUUUCCAUGGCCGAGCAGCCACACACAAGCCUAAGAUCACCAUGCGCAAUGCCAAGUGUCGGCUGGAGUGGUGUAAAGCUCGCCGCCAUUGGACUCUGGAGCAGUGGAAACGCCUUCUCUGGAGUGAUGAAUCACGCUUCACCAUGUGGCAGUCCGACUGACAAAUCUGGGUUUGGCGGAUGCCAGGAGAACGCUACCUGCCCGAAUGCAUAGUGCCAACUGUAAAGUUUGGUGGAGGAGGAAUAAUGGUCUGGGGCUGUUUUUCAUGGUUCGGGCUAGGCCCCUUAGUUCCAGUGAAGGGAAAUCUUAACGCUAAAGCAUACAAUGACAUUCUAGACGAUUCUGUGCUUCCAACUAUGUGACAACAGUUUGGGGAAGGCCCUUUUCUGUUUCAGCAUGACAAUGCCCCCAUGCACAAAGCGAGGUCCAUACAGAAAUAGUUUGUCGAGAUCGGUGUAGAAAAACUUGACUGGCAUGCACAGAGCCCUGACCUCAACGACAUCGUUCACCUUUGGGAUGAGUUGGAACGCCGACUGCGAGCCAGGCCUAAUCGCCCGACCUCUCUAAUGCUCUUGUAGCUGAAUGGAAGCAAGUCCCCGCAGCAAUGUUCCAACAUCUAGUGGAAAGCCUUCCCAGAAGAGUGGAGGCUGUUAUAGCAGCAAAGGGGGGACCAACUCCAUAUUAAUGCCCAUGAUUUUGGAAUGAGAUGUUCGACAAGCAGGUGUCCACAAACUUUUGGUCAUGUAGUGUAUCUGACAGUUUGUCUGACUGGAAUAGUUUGUUGUAGUCCAUUAGAAUAACCUGUUUUGCAAAUUGUUCAGUUUAUGUUGGAUGUGGGUUUUUGUGCUACUACAUAUACUGUAAUAGCAUCUAGGCCUAAAUGGUGUCAUUGUCUUGCAGUGGAGUACAUUUCAACACUCAGGCUAUAGCACCCACCAUAGAGCAGAUUGACCAGUCCUUUGGCGCCACACACCCUGGAGGUAAGGGAAAGACAAUCAGCAGAUACAACUUUUUGUCUUAUCGAUAGUACUGUCGAAUGCUGCAAGGUUUUUGUGUUUGACCAUGUUUUCCUCACUCCCCAGUAUACAAUGCUGCAGAGCAACUGUUCCACCUGAACUUUCGAGGACUCUCCUUCUCCUUCCAGCUUGACUCAUGGAAUGAAGCUCCCAAGUAUGAGGUGAGACUAUUACCUGUCCCUGCUAUAUUUAUCCCUAGUGUGCUGUUUUUAUCUGACUGGCUUUAUGGUAAACCCUGUUUGACAUAGCUGCUACACAGCAAAUGUCUUCCAUAACUUGCUCUUCUUGUUCAAACCUUUCUGGUUUCCCUCACCUAUUUUCUAUGCUUUACUUUACCUGGCUGACAACCCCUAAUCGACCUUGUUUACCAGAUAAAGAACUAGUAUUUUUGUCUUAGAAUAUUAUUUAUGUUAGCGAUAAUGAGAACCCCUGUGCCUCUUUUCGACCCCUUGGCAAUUAACAAAUGAAUGUACAUAUGCUUCAUUACCAAUACAGCAUGAGUAUUUGGUUUUGAAGCAUUUGGUAAUGCUGGAAUACAAACCAAAUUGGCCCAGGAAAUUGCUUAGUAUGUAUUUAUUAUGAAAAUACAUUGUUCUAAAGCUGUUGAUGUGAGUACUUGUGUCUGUGUUGAAUGUGAGCUUUUGAAAUGCACACGCCAAUCUACUCCCAGUUGUUUUGCUUUGACAGCCUAAUUUUGCCCAUGGCUUGGCCUCCCUGCAGAUUCCGCACGGGGCCACAGUGAAACGGAUGUACAUCUACACUGGGAACAACCUACAGGACACCAAGUAAGAACACAAUGUAUUCACGAGCAGGCCUGGAAUUAUGGUUGAGCAUGGCAAGUUUAUGGAGAGAUGGAGGAAGCAGGUGGAGGAUAGGGUGAAGGGGAAGAUACUGUGUGUUUGGUGAGCUUGUUUACUUCAAUUCUUCAACUAACACCACCUUCUCCUUUGACUAUGGUUAGGUUUAAAUCUGAUGCAUUUGAGAUAUUAUCUAAAUACUUAUUAUUAAGUAUUGAGAGAUGUGUGAUCAUGGAUUGCAGAAAAACAUUUGUAAUGACCUGACAAUGACUCACUCUGUAAUUCCUUAGGGCCCCAGUGAUGCCCCUUGCCUGUUUCCUUGGCAAUGUUUAUGCAGAGUGUGUGGAUGUGCUGAGGGAUGGGGUGGGGCCACUUGGUCUGAGACUUCGCCUCCUCACUGCAGGUACUUAGCAAGGGGACAUUUGAACCCACUCAUGUCCCAUGAGGACAACACCAUCAGAACUGUGGAAUCCAAGCUAAAUCUGUUCAGGUUGGUAUUCCUUUUGAGGCUUCCUGAGCACAUGCCACUGAAGGGACUGGAGGAUGUAGGUAUUUUCCUCCUGCAGCGCAAUCAGUCCUCAAUUCUAAUUGGAUAAGGCUACUCUUCUCUUCCUCCCUUUAAUUCAUGUAUUCCUCCAGUACUGUUGUAAUGGCUGUUAUAGAGCCUCAUGGUCUGGAGCUACAAUAUAAUGCUUUCCUGCCAGUCCCUCAGGUCUAUCACGUUCCAUGCUAUCUUCAGUCCACACGUUAGCCCCUGUUAAUCUCAUCACCAUAUAUCACCUCUGACAUGCCCCUCCCCUGGGGAGGCUGAGCUAAACAAAUAACAUACUACACCCUUUAGUAGAUGGGGAGGAGGUCUAUCAAAAUAUGCCCUCAUCAAUCCCUCAUCCAGUGUUUAGACAUGUCUCCUUAGACCAGCUGUUUUGUUUGUCUCUGUGGUUUGGUGUAUUAUAUACAGUUCUAAUGAAACAUCUGAGAGGAAGAUGUGCUCCAAAAGUUUUGCAACACCAGGCCAUAUUAAGCUUGUAUAAUGAGUGGUCUUGUUCCUAUCCUCCUCAGGAUGUGGGCCCGGGGUGAUGGCUGAUGCCAAGGUGCGUGCCGUGGAGAGGAACAUUUACUUUGGAGACUCCUGUCAGGAUGUGCUGAGCGCUCUGGGCUCGCCACACAAAGUAUUCUACAAGUCCGAAGACAAGGUUUGGCCCUCUACUUCCUGUCUCUUCCUUUCCCUUGACCUGCUCCUUUCAGUUGAUAUGGUCCUCUCUAUGUUGAUAAACAAGCUCUCUUCAUGUUUGGGUUUCCUGUUUCAGAUGAAGAUCCACUCUCCGUCGCCUCACAAGCAGGUCCCGUCCAAAUGCAAUGACUACUUCUUCAACUACUUCACUCUGGGGGUGGUGGGUAUUCAUGUUACAUAGGGGGUGGUUAGAGAGGGCUUGCCUUUCUUAUGUUGACAUUCAAAUUCAAUGUAGGAUGUUGCUUCUUUCUUACCACUGUUUGAUUGGUUCCUUUUUGUUUCUUUCCAGGACUUACUCUUUGAUUCUAGCACACACCUGGUGAAGAAGUUUGUCCUUCAUACUAACUUCCCCGGCCAUUACAAUUUCAACAUGUAAGCCUCUAUCUGCUUCAGUUAAGACAGCUGGCACCUCAUUGGUCCUUGGCUCAAGUAUACAAUUUUCAGACAUAUGAUCCAUUUGAAAAAAUUAUUUCCAGUAGAGCCAAAAGAGGCUAUUAAACUCCUUAGUGGUGAAGUAAUUUAGUCGCAGGAGUGCUGUUCACUACACUCAGUAACAUGUAACUGUCUCACUCAACACUGUAGAUAUCAUCGAUGCGAUUUCAAGAUUCCACUUGUCAUCAAGAAAGGUGAGUUUUCUAAUCAGCAUUUUAUUGUAUUUCCUGAGGUAUUUGGUGCUCCGUGUGAACUCUGCCUGUCUCCUCGCUGACCUCUGUGAAGUCUCCUCACGUAUCCCUGUCUGUCUUUCAGAAGGUGCUGACGUUCAUGGGGAGGACUGCACCCUCACUACCUACAGCAAGGUCAGACAUGCCUACACUGCUCAGUCUUUGCCUUGCUCACUCAAGAGUAGUGAAAAACACCCCAAGAGUAACUAUGGGUGAACGUUAUAGCUACUUCAGAGGAGGUUUGUGUUCUCCUGACUGACUGAUUGUUUCUCCCGUAGUGGGAUCAGAUUCAGGAGCUGCUUGGACACCCCAUGGAGAAGCCUGUCGUGCUCCAUAGGUAAGAGAUGCCUGGAUUAGAAUUUACAUCACUUCUGUCAGUUUAAACAUUUUCACUGGACAACUGACUGCUGGCCCUGCAGUUAACAAAAAGGUGUAAAAAAUAUCUGUUUCACAGGUCAUCCUCGGCAAAUAACACCAAUCCCUUUGGCUCUACAUUCUGUUUUGGACUACAGCGAAUGAUCUUUGAGGUAAGAACACUUGGUGUGUGUGUGACAUGAGUGAUGAUGGUAUUAGAUUGAGAAGUACUAAGGCCUGUAUGUAUGUAAACUAUAUAAGGUAUGUAUCUGAACUGUUCUAACUUGUCGUCCCAGGUGAUGCAGAACAACCACAUAGCUUCAGUGACCCUGUACGGCGCCCCCAGACCCAGCAGCCGGGCCAGAGCCGAGGCCAGCGGCCACUGAACAGCAACCCAACCCAGGCCCCAACCCAUACCCGGCCUGAGGGCUGUCUCCCCUCCUCUCCAGUCCGCUCCACGGCAGCCCUGGGCUGAUCAGCAGUGUACUCUCUGUCUCAGCCACUGCCAUCUUCACACCAGAGAGGCCUGCUAGGAGCUCCUCUGGACCCAUCUUUCCCUGCGUGACGGGCGCCUCAUGCAGGGCCCUGCUAGGAGCCUUACGGCAGCCAUCAUCCCUCCCCCUCUGACUCACCCUGUCCCAAUGGUCUUCAUCAUCAGAACACUCGUUAGAUGUGUUGACAGUGUUUCAUCAAUGCACAUUUGGAUGCCUGCGAGCACAAACAAAUGCUCACCUGCGUGCAUGCUGUAGUUUUUUUAAAUUGACAUUUUAAUACAUGCUUAACAUACAUCAGAAACCGAUACCAAAAGCCUGUACAGACACCAAAACCAUUUCAAUCCUUUCUCCACUAUAUGUUCAUGUUGCCGAUUUAAAACACAUGCAUAUGGAUACAGGCUCAUCUGCAGCACUAACACUUGCAUAUCAAGUACAUCAUUUCAUACACAGACAUAUACACAUACAAAAACAAACAUGCAUGCACAUUGACAUAAACCAAUGCAUGCACACAGAAACAAACAAUUGCAUGAACAUAGAGGUUGUUGUUUUUAAGAGGAGAGUGGUAAAAGAUUGCAAGCACAAACUGGCCACACCAUGGAGUGUCCUAGUGCUUUGCAUGCUGUGAGGGAUACUGUCUUGGCACAUGAACAAACACACAUACUGGCACACACACACAUUCAUACACUCAUGCCAUGACUAAGUCCACAGCAUAAGCCACCUCCUAUUGCAAGGCGGUGAAGCACUAAAUGCAUUUGUAGUUUUUGUGUUUUUGCGUGGAACGAUAAAAACGUUGGUUUUAACAUUUGCACUAAGAUGCACCAUAUUUACUUGAUUAUUGUCUCCUAUCCACUGAGGAUUGUGUAUUUUGUUUCCAUUAGUGAUGACUGAGGAAAGGCUCCCGCUCCUCUUAUCACCUGAAUUGACUUUGGAGAGAAAAGCCAUGCUUCUUUCCUUCCAGAUGUACACCAUCCCCUCCAAUGUCCACUGCUACCACUGUCCUUUACAACCUUCCUCCCCAUGCACUCUCAUGAUUGCUCCCUUUCUCCAUCCAUUUCCCCAUCCUCAUCUCUUUUUCUAUUCACAAGAAAUAUCUCAAUUAAUCCAGCUUAGAUGUACUUCAUCAUUGCUGUCAUUCUUUAUAACAAAUGUUUUGUUAAAUUGCCAACAUUUUAGCCAAAGAUGUUUUAGCAUGUUUUAAGUUAUCCAGACAUUUUAGUUUGUCAACUUCACUUCUUGCCCAGAAGAGCAGACAUUCCCUCCUAAAACAAUCUUUUUUUUAAAUGCAGGCCCCUGAACCAUAAUCUUAAUCUCAUCUAAGUACUUCUUGAAUAUAUAAUCUUCUUUAUAAUUGCUUUGUGCUUUCUAAUGCAGAUAUUUUAUCAUUCAGUUUUUACUCUACCAAGAUGUCUCCUGUAUCUGUAGCAGGUAGAUUUGGGACUAUGUGCAGCAGCAGUCUUUUGGUGUUUGUACAGAUUUGUAAAUAGUGUGCUCUUUUGUCUUGUCAUUUUCAGAUAAUGGUACAAUGUGGGCCUGAAUUGUUUUAAGGUCAGAGCACACACCAGACAAAACACUUGUAUUACAUAGGAAUUCUGUUUGAUGUCUAUCUCCCCCUAGUGGAGAGAACACUGGCUGGCGCUCCUAAACCCUGGUCCUGAAUGGUUCAUUCAUCUCUCUAGCUCAGCUUUAACCACUAUUUGUACUAGAGACAGAUGCUGAAGAUAGGAUAAAUCAGAGAAAAAGAUGGGUUACUGUUGGAUAGGGAAGGGAGCCCUGUACACUCUGUUUAGGACCCCCGGAUGUGUGUGUGGUCAGUCGCCCUGUUAUAGUGGGUUGAUCAUGUACUGGUGCUAGAUCAGAGGUAUGUCAUGUUGGGAUUCUGUCACAGGUGGCUGGUCUGCCAGUCAGACCAGCCCUCCAGGCCUCAGCUUUGCAGCGUGUGAUGCAGGCUUAUUACAUAGACUUGUUUCAUGAGUUGCGAUGACAAAAGCCUGUACUGCUGUUGAUGUUGUUAACAUUGUAUCCAUUGCUUUGUUCAAGUAGUAUACAAAAAAAGAAAAGGAGAAGCAAAAAUGCUUUGUUAACGUUGUGCCUCAUUUCCCACCAAGCCUGUCUUGACUUCUCUCUGUAAAUGAAACUAUUGAACAGCAUUGAGUAAGACUGAGCAUGACAAGCUAACAUGAUCGACUGACUGUCACCCAUAGGCCAUCAUUUUCCUCUUGCUCCAAAAAACAUGACAAGUUGUAGAGUAAAGACUUG